AUGAAUGGUCGGAGGGCAGAAGAUCGCCCAUCAUCAGGAAGUAGUGGACAUGUUUACUCAACUCCAACUGCCACUUCGGUGGUUUUAACCUCCUCAAUCUCAGGAGAUGGGAAAGCAGGAAUUUUGGUGGAAUUCAAAUCAACCGCCUGUAUGUAUGGAAGUCAAACGACAUUCAAGUCUCUGUCUUGUGUGUCAAAAGUAACUGCAAUUGGAAUUGAAAUUGUGCUAGUUUGUCAAAUAGCAUUUGGUCAGAGUACGGGAUUUCCCAUCACUCUUCGAAACAGAAAAAUAAUUUUCCUAACAUCACAAAUGACACUUGUAAAGGUUGUCAACAUUAAAGUAAACAAUUAUUUCAAAUAUGUUCCAUUAAGACAAAUUUAA